CUGAAAAAAGGAAGUGUGAGUUUUAAUGUUUCUGUUUUUAAACUUGUCUAUUUUAUAUAAAGAGGAAGAGGAGAAGAAGAAAUCAGUAUAUUGUCACAUGGUAACUUGAUGCUGUUUACAAGCUUCAUCCUCAGAAGAAUGUCCUCCGCUCUCUCCCGUCAUGUCCUCUGGGAGUCUGAGGGGCUGGUGGCCUACCUCCACCCAAGGCCCUGGACCCCUGGCUCCGUUAUCCUGGAGAGCCUGACCCCCGGCAGCCCGGGAGGAAGCAUCUUCCACCUGCAGGAGCCGGUGUACCUGUCCUGGCUGCUGGGAGCGAGAGCCGUGUCCCAGCUGCUGUGUGAGAGGUUGGGGGUUCGUAGGUGUGCGCUGGUCAGCAGACCCCACAGAGACAGGCCGGCCCAGAUUUGUGUCCUCCCCUUGCAUUGUCUGGAUGACGAGUGGCGCCCUCACCUGGCGGGAGAGGAGGAGCACAACGCCCAGGACCCGGGGUACUGCACGUCUAAGACAGCCCCCAGGUGGAGCGACUCCAGCCUGACUGAAAUCCAAACCAAGAUUCGAGCCAAACUCCUGUCUCCGGACGCCCCCCCCAAUCUGACCUUCCUCGGGGCCGACCCGGCUCACCCCGGGCUGUUCUCGCGCAUCGUGCGUGGGGAGGAGCAGCAGUGGCGCGUGUGGGAGGACGAGGGUCAUGUGGCCUUCCUCACGCCUUUCCCCAACUCCCCUGGACUCACUGUGCUGGUCCCACGCCGACCUUUGACCUCUGAUAUAUUCAGAUUAGAAAAAAAAGAUUAUGAAGGAUUGGUGCUGGCGACUCAGAAGGUGUCCCGACUUCUGGAGGAGGGGUUGGGGGCCUCUGGGGUGGGGCUUAUUUUCGAAGGUUUUGAGAUUGACUAUGCACAUGCCAAGUUGAUGCCACUGUUUUCACCUCCGUCAUCAAUGGCAGGAGGUGAAAUCACUGAACCUAGAACGCCCCGGUUCUACCCAACAUACCCUGGAUACGUGAGCUCGGAGGAUGGACCUGAAGCCAGCCUGGAAUGUCUGAAGGAGAUGCACAGUAAAAUUACUCGGGUUUAAAACAAUUCCCACUCAUGUACCCCGCCCCCCCCAAGGAGAUCCCUUUAAAUUCAAUCUGCACCAAACUGAACACACAGAUAUCAGCUCCCUAGAUACAGUGCCUUGCAUAAGUAUUCACCCCCUUUGGACUUUUCUACAUCUUGUCAUGGUAUAACCACAGAUUAAAAUUAUUUCACAAUUAUUUACAAAUAAAAAUCUGAAAAGUGUUGAGUGCAUAUGUAUUCACCCCCUUUACUGUGAAACCCCUAACAAAGAUCUGGUGCGACCAAUUGCAUUCACAAGUCACAUUUGCAAGUCACAUAAUUAGUAAAUAGGGUCCACCUGUCUGCAAUUUAAUCUCAGUAUAAAUACACCUGUUCUGUGAAGGACUCAGAUUUUGUUGGAGAUCAUUACUGAACAAACAGCAUCAUGAAGACCAAGGAGCUCACCAAACAGGUCAGGGAUAAAGUUGUGGAGAAAUAUGAAGCAGGGUUAGGUUAUAAAAAAAUAUCCAGAGCUUUGAAUAUCUUUCUGAGCACCAUAAAAUCCAUUAUAAGAAAAUGGAAAGAAUAUGGCACAACCGCAAACCUACCAAGAGGAGGCCGUCCACCCAAACUGAAGAGUCGGACAAGAAGAAAAUUAAUCAGAGAAGCAACCAGGAGGCCCAUGGUUACUCUGGAGGAGUUGCAGAGAUCCACAGCUGAGGUGGGAGAAUCUGUCCACAGGACAACUAUUAGUCGUCUACUCCACAAAUCUGGCCUUUAUGGAAGAGUGGCAAGAAGAAAGCCAUUGUUGAAAGGGAUCCAUAAAAAAUCCCAUUUGGAGUUUGCCAGAAGCCAUGUGGGAGACACAGCAAACAUGUGGAAGAAGGUGCUCUGGUCAGAUGAGACCAAAAUUGAACUUUUUGGCCUCAAUGCAAAACUCUAUGUGUGGCAAAAACCCAACACUGCCUAUCACCCUGAGCACACCAUCCCCACAGUGAAACAUGGUGGUGGUAGCAUCAUGCUGUGGGGAUGCUUCUCUUCAGCAGGUACAGGGAAACUGGUCAGAAUAGAGGGAAAGAUGGAUGGAGACAAAUACAGGGAAAUCUUUGAAGAAAAUCUGAUGCAGUCUGCAAAAAACUUGAGACUGGGGCGGAGGUUCAUCUUCCAGCAGGACAAUGACCCUAAACAUACAGCCAGAGCUACAAAGGAAUGGUUUGGAUUAAAGAAUGUUAUUGUCUUAAAAUGGCCCGGUCAAAGCCCAGACCUCAAUCCAAUAGAGAAUCUAUGGCAAGACUUGAAGAUUGCGGUUCACAGUCUCCAUCCAAUCUGACUGAGCUUCAUCUUUUUUGCCAAGAAGAAUGGACAAACCUUUCCAUCUCUAGAUGUGCAAAGCUGGUAGAGACAUACCCCAAAAGACUUGCAGCUGUAAUUGCAGCGAAAGGGGGUUCUACCAAGUAUUGACACAGGGGGGUGAAUACUUAUGCACCCAACAGAUGUCAAUUUUUUUGUUCUCAUUAUUGUUUGUGUCACAAUAAAAUUUAUUUUGCACCUCCAAAGCAUGUUUUGUUGAUCAAACGGGAAAAAGUUUAUUUAAGUCUAUUUGAAUUCCAGUUAGUAACAGUACAUAAUGGGAAAAAGUCCAAGGGGGGUGAAUACUUAUGCAAGGAACUGUAAGCCUGGGUUUUUAUCUUCAGCAAGACUUGAAUUAUUCUCCAGGAAACCAGUUAAAAUGUAAAUCCACCCACUGACCUAUGAAACAUAGUCUCGUUGAAAACUGUUCAGUUGUGUUUUUGUAAUUUUUCUAAAAAAGAAACUUAACCUUCUUGGUGGAGGCCAGGUCACAAAGUUAAAUCUUGUGCAGUGUGCAGCAAGAUUCUUACUAGAAUAAAUAUGCUGUUUAUCUGUGUUCU